ACUGAGUGAUGGCAGCUAUAUAACUUUAAUGAUUACUUUUUGCUCCAACCACAAAGAUAAAUAGCACGCCCGGAUUCAUUUUACACAUACAUUAACUCCAAAGUUCAACAGAGAGAGUAAAGAGCACACAUAGGGAGAGAUAAAAUGGCCAUGGCAACAAAAUCAGUUUCUUCCUUCACCCUUAUUUUCAUCCUCGUUUUGGUUAUUUUUGAAGCGCCGGAGAUAGAAGCGCAGGAUAGCGAGUGCCUUAAAGAAUACGGCGGGAAUGUGGGUUUCGGCUUCUGUGCGCCUAGGACAUUUCCGACGAUUUGUUAUAUAAGAUGCCGUGAGGACAAGGACGCUAAAGGUGGAAGAUGCAUUACGGGAGAUGCCGGUGCUUUUGAUUUUAAAUGCUUAUGUGACUACUGCAGUGACAAACCUAAUGACCAGAUUCUACAUGGUGUCAUCUGAGUCCUACAUGUGUGAUGGUUUGUGUAAUAAUAAGUGGUCUAAGUGAUAAUGUAAUAGUAAGGAAUAUGUGAAAUAAAACGCUGAAAGUAUCUGAGGUUCA